AUGUGGCAGCCUCAGUUCACACCUGAACAUACUUCUGUGACUAACACCGAACUGGCAGACUCUCAUCCUGGAGUGGUUACCAGUCAAGCCACGAAUCCAUUUGGUGCAGUUCCCUUCAACGCACAAGGAGGAACACCUCAGCACUUGCAGCAUGUGGAUGCGCAGCGAUUCGCAUCGGCGGAUUCUUCAUCGAACAACUCACCUGUUCCAUUCCAAUCGCCGCAGCAGCACUUCUCACAAAAUGUGGAGAAUGCUGAUCGUCAAGUGCCUCCCUCCAGUAUAGCGGAAACUGUAUCUUCUCAACCCAAAGGAAUCUAUGAGCAAACACCUUUCUGUCGGUUAUUCACUCAUUGCAUGCCAUCAGUUCACCAGGUGCAGUUCAAUAGUACUUCUUUUUCAGCUCACGCCGAUGGCAGUUAUUCUGGCCCGUCUCCCUUCUCAGUGGGCGCAAUGCAGUCUGCCAGUAGCAUGCCAAGGAAUAAUGAGCAAAUAUCUGCACGUGAAAGCACUUUUGAUCCAUUUACAACGCAACAAGGACAAGGUAAAAUUGGAAGUGAUAUUGAUUCCGCACUAUCAAAUCUCGCAGACAACCUCUCAAUAAGCGCAAGUAACCAAGGGCGACCUGUUCAGUGGGGUGGUCCUCAACAGCAAGGUCCGGCGCAGAUGCAGAUUCCAUCUUCAGUCACCGCGCCCUCUGUGGGGGCCCCGCCCAUGGCUUCGUAUGGGGCACCCCCUCAGUACACUACUCCGUUCGGGCAAUAUGCUCCUCAAGCAUACCCCGGUGCACCCAUGGGACAAUGGCAGGUUCAGCCACACGUUUUCCCAGCACCGCAGCAUACCCAAGGUGCACCAUCUGGUUACUCUGUCUAUGGGGGAGCUGCUAUGGGAUAUGGACAAGUAGCACAACCUCAUCCCCAAUCAGGACAAGAUCCUUUUGGAUUCUGA